AUGGUCGAGCAGCCCUGGUUCAUGCCAUCCGCGGCCCAGCAUAUCAACAUCACCAACCCAGUGAUUGGCCGACGAGGACGACCGCAACAACCGCCAGCCAGCCAGCCAGCCGUGAGAAAUCGCCGCAUAGCACACCGAGAACAGGGUGAAGAGCAUCUCGAGACACGUUUGAAGAGUCAAGGAGUCGAAGAUAUUAUCCGAAUCCGAACCGGCGCGAUGGCUUUGACGUCGAUGAUUACCCGGGUCUUUGAGAAACCCUGGGUCACAAAGGCGAUGACGCCGAUUGCCAACUGGUACUGCAAUGCCGCUGGAUACAGGAAGUUGGGCCUAAGGUGCGUUAUAUUAGCCAUUGAUGUGGAUGGGGGAUAUGAUGAUUUGAUUCCAGAGGACAAUGACACUGUUCAGUUGGCGUUGAAGAGACUUCCCCCCAAGGAAGCCUAUGACCGCAUGUACCGCAUCCGCCGAGCCGUCCAGUGCUCUGUGGAACACCAGCUUCUGCCAGAGAAGGACCACACCAAGCCAGAAGAUGACAUCCGAUACCUCUCCCCCAUCAUCGAGGCCAUCAAGCGUGAGAAUGCCGAGCGUGUCGAACUCGACUCCCUCAUCAUCAAGCGAUGA